AUGCCAAGGGCAAAAGCAAAUGCUUCAUCACUUGAUAAACCAGUUGAACCCGAAAAGCCAAUAGAGUCCGAUGAGAAGGUUGAUCUUGAUGGUGACAAUGACCCUGAGGAGGCAAUGGAUGAAGAGGUUGAGUAUGAAGAAGUAGAGGAAGAAAUAGAAGAAGAGGUGGAAGAAGAAGAGGAAGAAGAAGAAGUAGAGGAGGUGGAAGAAGAGGUGGAGGAUGAAGAUUCUAAUCAUGCCACUGGAACUGAUGUUGGGAAAUCCCAUAGCAGUGAUGAGGUGAUGUCUGAUGAUGAGGAUGAGAAGAAAAAGCAUGCUGAACUUCUUGCCCUUCCUCCACAUGGUUCAGAAGUUUAUAUUGGUGGCAUUCCUCAUGAUGCUUCUCAAGAGGAUUUAAAGGUUUUUUGUGAGGCUGUAGGAAAGGUUACAGAGGUUCGGAUUAUGAAGGGCAAAGAUUCGGGUGAGAAUAAGGGCUUUGCAUUUGUGACAUUCAAAAACGUGGAAAUGGCUUCUGAUGCCAUUGAGGAAUUGAAUAAUACUGAAUUUAAGGGUAAAAGAAUAAAGUGUUCGACGUCUAAAGCAAAGCACCGUUUGUUCAUUGGUAAUGUUCCAAGGAGCUGGGGAGAAGAAGAUCUGAGGAAAGUUGUGAUGAAGAUUGGCCCUGGAGUUACUGGUAUAGAACUGGUCAAGGAUAUGAAGAACACAAGCAAUAACCGAGGCUUUGCUUUCGUUGAUUACUAUAACCACGCAUGCGCUGACUAUUCAAGGCAGAAAAUGGUGGACCCAAAAUUUAAGCUAGAUAACAAUGCUCCAACAGUGAGCUGGGCAGAUCCUAAAAAUGCCGAGUCGUCUGCUGCUUCUCAGGUGAAGGCAGUUUAUGUAAAGAAUUUACCCCAAAAUGUGACACAAGACCAUUUAAAGGAGCUAUUCGAACACCAUGGGAAAAUCACGAAAGUGGUUCUGCCAGCUGCAAAAUCUGGACAGGAACAGAGUAGAAUUGGUUUUGUACAUUUUGCAGAGAGGUCCGGUGCCAUGAAAGCAUUGAAGAACACUGAAACUUAUGAACUUGAUGGCCAGCUGUUGGAGUGUUCUCUUGCAAGGCCACAGGCAGAUCAAAAGUCUGGUGGAUCAAACUCGCAUAGGUCAGGGUUGCUUCCUAGUUAUCCACCUCGUUUUGUUUAUGGUAUGGCUGGGGGUGCCUAUGGUGCUCUUGGUGCAGGGUAUGGUGCUGCAGGUUUUGCACAGCCUUUGAUGUCUGGACCUGGACCGGCCCCUACAGGCAUGGGAAUGAUGCCAAUGCUUCUACCUGAUGGACGGAUUGGAUAUGUUCUGCAACAACCAGGUGCACAGCCACACCCCUCACCUUCACAUCAAAGAAGUAGUAGCAGGGGUGGUGGUGGGAGCGGAAGCAGUAGCAGAAGUAGUGGUGGUCCAAACAAGGGUAGGUACAGCAAUGAUACUGGGCAUGGACGCAGGUAUAACCCGUAUUGA